CUGGCCCUUCGGAUAUCCACUCCCCGGCCCCUGCUGCUAGGCCGCUGCGAGCGCGGAGGCUUCGAGAGACGCCUCUGGAAACUUGCAGAGCAGAUAAGGGGCGGCGGGAACCCGACCAUAGGGGGACCAUCCUGGGCUGCGACUGGCAUCCGGUGCUGCGGGUGCAGGCGGGCGUUUGGGUCUGGGCUGCGCGGGGUGCGCUCGCUCUCCGUUUGCGGGGUGCCCCAGCCGCGUGCGGGGCACAGAACUAGUCCGGGGAAAGCACGUGCCGCGGGUUAGCGAUUGCUAGGCUGGUGUGCACACGGAAGCCAUACCUGUCCAUGACUCUGAGAACAUUAUAAUGUCCUUUUGUGCCUCUUCUCACAAGGGGUUUCCCUAGCUGUUACCUUCUCAAGACAUGGAUGUCAAAAACUCACCAUCUAGCCUUAACUCUCCUGUCUCCUACAACUGCGGUCAAUCCAUCCUACCCCUGGAGCCAGGUCCCAUAUAUUUACCUUCCUCCUAUGUAGAGAGCCGCCAUGAAUACUCAGCCAUGACAUUCUAUAGCCCUGCUGUGAUGAAUUACAGUAUUCCCAAUAACUCGGAAGAUGGGCCUGGCCGACAGACCACAAGCCCAAAUGUAUUGUGGCCAACUCCUGGACACCUCUCUCCUUUAGCCAUCCAUUGCCAGUCGUCACUUCUGUAUGCAGAACCUCAAAAGAGUCCUUGGUGUGAAACCAGAUCAUUAGAACACACCUUACCUGUGAACAGGGAGACAUUGAAAAGGAAGGCUAGUGGGAGCAGUUGUGCCAGCCCUGUUGCUAGUCCAAGUUCAAAGAGGGAUGCCCACUUCUGUGCUGUCUGCAGCGAUUAUGCAUCAGGAUAUCACUAUGGAGUCUGGUCGUGUGAAGGAUGUAAGGCCUUUUUUAAAAGAAGCAUUCAAGGACAUAAUGAUUAUAUUUGUCCAGCUACAAAUCAGUGUACCAUAGAUAAGAACCGACGUAAAAGCUGUCAGGCCUGUCGACUUCGGAAGUGCUAUGAGGUCGGAAUGGUGAAGUGUGGCUCCCGGAGAGAAAGGUGUGGGUACCGCAUAGUGCGAAGGCAGAGAAAUUCUGAUGAGCAGCUGCAUUGCCUGAGCAAAACCAAGAGGAAUGGUGGACCCAUGACCCGAGUGAAGGAGCUGCUGCUGAGUGCCCUGAGCCCAGAGCAGCUGGUGCUCACGCUCCUGGAGGCCGAGCCGCCCCACGUGCUCGUGAGCCGCCCCAGCGUGCCCUUCACCGAGGCCUCCAUGAUGAUGUCCCUGACCAAGCUGGCCGACAAGGAACUGGUACAUAUGAUCAGCUGGGCCAAGAAGAUUCCGGGCUUCGUGGAGCUCAGCCUGUAUGACCAAGUGCGGCUCUUGGAGAGCUGCUGGUUGGAGGUGCUCAUGGUGGGGCUGAUGUGGCGCUCCAUCGACCACCCCGGCAAGCUCAUCUUUGCUCCAGACCUCGUUCUGGACAGGGAUGAAGGGAAAUGUGUUGAAGGAAUUCUGGAAAUCUUUGACAUGCUUCUGGCAACAACUUCAAGGUUUCGUGAGUUAAAACUCCAACACAAAGAAUAUCUCUGUGUCAAGGCCAUGAUCCUCCUCAACUCCAGUAUGUACCCUUCAGCUACAGCACCCCAGGAGGCUGACAGUGGCCGGAAGCUGACUCACCUGCUGAAUGCCGUGACGGACGCUCUGGUCUGGGUGAUUGCCAAGAGCGGCGUGUCCUACCAGCAGCAGUCCGUGCGCCUGGCUAACCUGCUGAUGCUCCUCUCUCACGUCAGGCACGCCAGUAACAAAGGCAUGGAACACCUGCUCAACAUGAAGUGCAAAAAUGUGGUCCCUGUCUACGAUCUGCUGCUGGAGAUGCUAAAUGCCCACACGCUUCGCGGCAACAAGUCUUUGGUCACAGGGUCUGAGCGCAACCUGGCGGAGGACAGUGAGAGCAAAGAGGGCUCCCAGAACCCCCAGGCUCAGUGACGCCCAACCCCGAGCUGUGGUCAGGCUGCAGAGAAGGUCAGAGGCUGAAGCGUGAACUCCAGCAUGAACCAUGAGCCCCGCCAGAAGGGGGCGGGCUUCCUUGGCUUUCUGCCAUGUGGUCCUUCCUGUGGCUCCUCAAUGCCAUCCUUCCCCGACCUCCCCAUCUCCUGGGAGUCAGGGUGCAAAGCCAGUGCUCCUUGUCAUCAGGGGGCAGAGUUUGAGCAUAGGGUUUAUGUCUGGCUUGGCCUCAUGGGGGCUCAUUGUGGUCGCUCCGUUACUUCCCAUCUCCCUCCCACUCUUUGGAAAAUAUCUUAGGGAUUUUGGAGUGACUGGAGGAAACUGACUUGGAAGGGCUGUCAGGGGAGAAAGGGGAGAAAAUGUAGGACACGCACAGAAGAGGACCAACCUUUUCUGUGCCACUUAAGCUGCCCUUUGAGUAGUCCUUUGUACGCUGCCUUCUGGACCACUUGAUUGUAGGGUUGAAAACCACAACGACCGUCAGCUAACUGGUUCCACAUGCCUACCUCACAGGCCUGUGAGGACGGAUGGUCAUACAUUGCUAUGAUUCUGUCCAAGGCCAGAGGGAAGGUGAUCUAGGGAGCCAGUGGUCAGGCUGGGGUGGGAGCCACAUUCUUCCCCAAAAACCUUGCUGCCACCUUCCUGCAGGUUCACCCCUGUUGGUUUGCAUUCAGAGAGCCUGUGAAUUAUUUUGGGUGUGUGUGUGUGUUUUCACCUCCAUGGAGAAGAAAUGGGGAGAUGUGAAUACUCUGCUCCUGGAAUUGCCUUUCUUAAAACUCUUGUGUCCAAGGAGUUGAGUACGUGUACUGGAGAAAGGACCAGUGUUUGCAGGAAUGGGGUUUCUCCUGUGGGUGUGGGUCACAGCCACCAUGCUUCCCUGGGGCAGCCACAACUGCCACAUCAGCCACCCAGGGGAGACAGGGACACUGCAGGCUAUGUGUGUGUGAGGUGUGCUGAUCCACAGAAGGAUGAAUAGCUACACACACGUCAGCAUCAGCGUGUCAGGUUCAGGGUCAAACUGUAUAGACGGGAUGAGCACACCACUUGAACAAGACUGUGAGCUCUAUUAGAAAAGAGAGAUAGUUAGGGUAAUUAUUUAUAGCAAGAAAAAAGUCUUUUAUACCCUAGGGCUCUUUUAAAAUAUUUUCUUAUCAGAACA